UCUACGCCGACCGUUGCACUGCGGCGCUUCCACAACCAUAAUAAAUAAUAAUAUUAUAAUUGUACAAUACGAUUCAUUACCAACUCGCUAGUUUAGCACUAGACUGGAUAUCUGUGUUGGAGUAGACUCACGGCUAGUAGUUAUUAUACAAACUUACUUAAAAUAUACUAUGACUAUUUUUAAAAGAGAUGCACUGGCAAAUUAAUGUUAUUAAGUAUCGUAAUCUCGGCUAUAUACUCACUUAAGACGGCGCCAAACCUCAUUUUCCUGGUUAUUUGUUCUUUUGGAAGUUCAUAGUGACGUUUUCAAAAGUGCCUGAAAACCGGCCUUCUUCAAAUUAAAACUUUUUAUUUUGAUUUAAGGGUCGACACCGACUCCUUCCGCAACCACUUAAAUGAUAAGAUAAUUUGUCAUUCAUUUUAUUUUUACUUUGAAGUAGAUUUUUUUGUAGUCGAUUCGAAUCCUUUUUUUAUUAGUUCUACCCUCUAAUAUCAGAUGACCUUUAUACGAGUUACUGCGAAUACAUUUUUGGUACUUACAUAUAUGUAUUUUCUAUAUGUUCUGUAUUUUUUGUUUAAUAUUAAAUUCAAGAAGAUUUAGUAGGACAUUUUCGUAACCGUUUGUUGAGUCGAUAUUUCCGCAUUAUUAGUUUUUUUGUGUAGAUAAUAAAACGGCGAUCAUUGUCGAGGCCAGACCGGUGUAAAUAUUUCACGGCCUCUACCGUCGCUGUCAAGAAUCUUCAAAUGAUAUUACCAUAGCCAUGAGGCAUUUGUAUUUGUUCUGUGCAGUGUGUGCGUUACAAUGUACAGAACACUUGAUUACGUUCAUAGGACUGUUUAGAUCAUACGACACAGUGGCGUCAUCUCAGCGUAGAUCACAACUUGAGCAUGCCCUUGGCGCGUUAGUGUUAGCUGAUCAAACACUAGUGUGUACACACGCAGUAGCGGCCACUACCGGUGCGAGCUAGGGUCGUGGUGGUCAGUGAUCAGAGCUCAGUGGGUUAUGUAACGACCAUGUGGCGCGGCGUGUUGUUGUUGGUGUUCGUGACGCUGGUGGCGAGUGCUGCCAGUGUCACAGUGUACUCUAGUUUCUGGGCGCCCCUGUUCGACCGCCGCAUUCUCAACUACCGAGUCGACGUCGCCUUCGACCCGCAGACGGCUCGAGCAACUCGCGACCAAUACACUAAGGACUACGGCUACAGAGGAGAGAGACUCAUAGCUGACUUGGGGAACGGAAAAGGACCCAGUGAUGUCCCGAAAAAUGUAGAGAUGUAUGGAGAUGUAACAUUUUACUACACUUGAGAAGGACCAAGUAUGAAGACACAAUACAACAAAACUGAGACUUGCUACUGUAUAUUGUUAGUGAUGGGUUAAGGAAAAUAUUUGUGUUGAAAUAAAUAUUUGUUACCA